GAGGACCGAUUGACAAAAUAGUUAAAUAAAUCAUGAUCAAGUGAGUCGGUUGGGGAGGUUUGAUAACAGUCGGCGGGGGACUGAAAAUAAACACCACCGUGGACGACGGCUUGUUCAGCUACGCAACCACCAGAGACCGUUAAGUUCAAUGUCAGCUCUCCCGGAUGAGUUGUGGAGGCGAAUUCUAGAAAUCGGCGUUCAAGGCGGCAGUUUCAGCUACAAGGACCUCUGCCGUAUAUCAAUCUCCUCUGCGCGCCUCCGCCGCUUAUCCGACGAAGACUCCCUAUGGUCCCACCUCCUCUCCUCCGAUUUACCUACUUCUUCUUCCUCGAUUACCUCCCCAAAUCCAUCAACCUCUAAAUCCCUCUACAAAAUCAGGUUUGAGAGAGAGAGGGAUAAGAAAAUGGCGGCGCAUCGGAGGGCGGUUUUGAGGAAGGAGAGUCAGGUUGUAGAACGGUCUAUGAAGCUCCGAGAGAUGGAGGCUCGAUUGGCCGAAGAGACUCAGAAAAUGCAAGCAGCACUUACUGAGCUCUCAAAUUUGAGCAGGAUUAGGCAAGCUUCAGUUGCAUUGAAUGUGUGGCAGCCAGAGAUCAUCCGGGGUAGACAAAAACAAAUAGUGGAGCAAUGUGUAGUACCUGUUGAGUCUCGGUUCCAUUCCCUUGAAAUGGAGCUCAAGCUCUGCAAGCAGCACAUUUUAGGGUUAGAAAAAGCCCAUAAAGAUGAGAAACGAAGGCUUGCUUUGGUGGAAGAAGAGCUGCAGUCAAUGAGAUAUCACCCUUUAAGAAAUCACGAGCAAAUCAAUUGCAGGGACAUUGAAUAUAACAUCAAGAGAAAAAAGUUAAAAAGAUGUCAUGGUCAGGGGAGAAAACCUUAGAUGCGGGGAGGGUUCUUUCUUCAACAACACCACAGCAUGUCAACUGGCAUCAGGGGCGCCAGGUUUCUUUCGAUGAUUCCGUAGCAUGCUGCUUGGCAGGCGACUGAACCAGUUGGCAGUUGGCAAUAAUAUUGCAAUUGGUUCAUGGCUAAGUCAUCUUGAUUCGUAUUCAAACAAGUUACCUGUGAUCACUGUUCUAAAAAGGAGCCUGGGCGGUGCUCAGGCGCUAGGCGGAGGUUGGGCGUCCCAAUCAGGUCUUGGGCGUUUUGAUGAAGCCUCUAGGCGGUUAAGGAUUUGAUGAUAAUUUUUUUGUAAAAUAAUUUUGGACCUUCUUAUAAAAUAACUUUGAAUACAUAUUUCAUUUUUUGUACUUAAUCAACUGUAGCCACUUAUUUAUAUGUUUUUAUUGUUAUAUGAUAUAUUUAGAGAACUGUUAUCGGUA